GGCAGCUGCCCUGCCUGCGCGCUGCUCCUUCUCUGCUACCUGAAUUUCGUACCGUCUCUGGGCCGGCAGACCUCCCUGACGACGUCGGUGGUCCCCAACGGGGAGCGGAGCAGCGCUGUGGCGUACCGGGACUUCAUUUAUUUCCACGCCUUGGAAGGAAGCGUGCGCAACGUCUCCGAGGUGUCGGUGGAGUACCUGUGCUCGCAGCCGUGCGUGGUCCACUUGGAAGCGGUGGUUUCGUCCGAAUUCCGCAGCAGCGUCCCCGUGUACAAGAAGAGGUGGAAGAACGAGAAGCACCUUCACACCAGCAGGACGCAGAGAGUGCAGGUCAGGUUCCCCAGCAUCAUGGUGUACCGCGACGACAUUUUCAUCCGGCACUCCAUCUCCGUGUCCGCCGUGGUCCUGCGCGCCUGGAUCACGCACGGGCACGGCGCCGGGGACCUGCGUGUCAAGUGGGAGGAGAACUCGCUCUAUGCGGUGGCCAAGAAUUACACACUGCUGAAGACCGUGCCGCCUUUUGAACGCCCUUUCAAAGACCAUCAAGUGUGCCUCGAGUGGAACACGGAUUAUAUUUGGAACCUGCGGGCAAACACGAUCCCCCGGUGCCCUCUGGAGAAUGAUCUGGUCACCCUGCUUGGCUUUCCUUACGCCUCCAGUGGGGAGAACACGGGCAUCGUGAAGAAGUUCUCAAAGUUUCGCAACCGGGAGCUGGAGGCCACCCGUCGCCAGCGUGUGGAUUACCCAAUGUUCACUGUUUCCGUGUGGCUUUAUUUGCUCCAUUAUUGCAAAGCCCAUCUCUGUGGGAUUCUGUACUUUGUUGAUUCGAAUGAGAUGUACGGCACACCUUCUGUGUUUCUCACCGAAGAGGGCCACUUGCAUAUUCAAAUGCAUCUUGUCAAAGGAGAAGACCUGGCUGUGAAGACGAAGUUCAUCCUGCCUUUGAAGGAGUGGUUUCGCCUGGAUCUCUCUUUUAACGGAGGCCAGAUUGUAGUAACCACCAGCCUGGGGCAGGAUUUGAAAAGCAACCAUAAUCAGACCAUUAGCUUUCGGGAGGAUUUCCAUUAUAACGACACUGCGGGCUACUUCAUGAUCGGAGGGAGCAGGUAUGUGGCCGGCGUGGAAGGGUUUUUUGGCCAUCUGAAGUACUACCGCCUGCGCACCCUGGACCCUGCCCAGAUUGUUAACCCCUUCCUGGAGAAGCAGCUGGCUGAGCAAAUCAGACUAUAUUAUGAAAGCUGCGCCGAGGUGCAAGGGAUCGUGUCGGCGUUUGCGUCUGCGCUGAGGCUGGGCAGCGGGGGCGAGAGGACGUGUGACCUCCAGAAUGCCUACCUGGACCUGACUCGCAGGUACGGGAGGCCCACGACGUGCCAAGCCGUCCCCUGGGAGAAGGAGCUGAAAGCCAAAUACCCCAGCUUGUUCCAGACCUUGCAGGAGGUAGACCUGCUGACGGUGCCAAGAAACACGGACGAAUUCAUGUUAGAAAUUGGUGGGAAGAUGUUUGAGACGGCCGUCAAGAGACUCGCCAGCGCGGCCGGGCUUGGUCGGAUCUCCUCCAUCGUUCCCUCGCUGCGGGGCUCCAGCUGCUGUGGCUUCCACAAAGCAUCCUACUACCUCACCGUCUUUUACGAAACGGGGCUAGGUCUCCCCAGGGACCAGCUGCAGGGCAUGUUAUAUAGUUUGGUUGGAGGGCAGGGCAGUGAGAGGCUGUCAUCCAUGAACCUGGGCUACAAACACUACCAGGGCAUUGACAGCUAUCCCUUGGACUGGGAGCUCUCUUACGCCUACUACAGCAGCAUCGCCAUGAAGACGCCCCGGGACCAGCACACGCUACAAGGGGAUCAGGCGUACGUUGAAAUGAUCCGACUGAAAGAUGAUGAAAUACUCAAGGUACAAACCAAAGAAGACGGAGAUGUCUUUAUGUGGUUGAAGCACGAAGCCACCCGCGGCAAUGCGGCGGCUCAGCAACGAUUGGCCCAGAUGCUCUUCUGGGGCCAGCAAGGUGUGGCCAAGAACCCAGAGGCGGCCAUUGAGUGGUACGCCAAGGGGGCGCUGGAGACAGAGGAUCCAGCCUUAAUAUACGACUACGCCAUCGUGUUGUUCAAGGGCCAAGGAGUGAAAAAGAACAGACGGCUGGCGCUGGAGCUGAUGAAGAAGGCAGCUGCCAAGGGGUUGCACCAGGCAGUCAAUGGCCUGGGCUGGUACUACCACAAAUUCAGGAAAAAUUAUGCCAAGGCAGCCAAGUACUGGCUACGAGCUGAAGAGAUGGGGAACCCCGACGCCUCCUACAACCUCGGGGUCCUGUACUUAGAUGGCAUUUUUCCAGGCAACCCUGGAAGGAACCAAACACUCGCGGGCGAAUAUUUCCACAAGGCUGCCCAAGGCGGCCACAUGGAAGGGACCUUGUGGUGUUCGCUCUACUACAUCACGGGCAACCUGGGGACGUUCCCGAGAGACCCCGAGAAAGCUGUCGUAUGGGCAAAGCACGUAGCUGAGAAAAAUGGCUACUUGGGCCAUGUCAUCCGCAGAGGCCUCAAUGCCUACCUGGAGGGCUCGUGGCAUGAAGCUUUGAUGUAUUACGUUUUAGCAGCAGAAACUGGAAUUGAAGUGUCACAGACAAAUUUAGCCCACAUCUGCGAAGAGAGGCCAGACCUGGCCAGGACGUACUUGGGUGUUAACUGCAUUUGGCGAUACUAUAAUUUUUCUGUUUUUCAAAUCGAUGCACCUUCAUUUGGUAUGUAUAGAAAAACGGGUGCUAAUCAGAGGCUUUUAAUCUUGGGUAGCGGGGGAGCAUCUAAUGACUGUGGCUACUUCAACCUGGCGCUGCUCAUUGAGGAAGGUGCUACAAUCCCACACCACAUCCUGGAAUUCUUGGAAAUCGACCCAACCAUCCAUUCCAGCAAUGUUUCCCUCCUCCAAGAGUUGUACGAAAGGAAAGGGGUCGACAGGCCAACUAGCAGCUCCUCGCAGACACCAGUCCAAGUCACUCCCGACGCUACUGCUUCCACUUCAAGUCCAGCUUCACCUCCAGCUGCAGACGCUUCGGACCCCGGCCAGCCCCUGGGCACCAGCAACCCGGAGCCUCGGGGGUGAACUGUGCACUCCGGGUUUCUCCAGAAGGGAGGGCACCCUCUCAACAGCUGGUACUGGGAAUCUGAGGCCAGGACAUCCCACUGAUAAAACUCCUUAAAGCGUGUCAACUUGACGCAAAUGUGGCCCGCGGUGUCAUUUUUCAGUUUUUCUUUUCUCCAUCAAAUGGCCAGAAAGUCCCCGGAGCAGACAGACGGCAGCUGUACCAGAGGGUCUCCAGCGGGCACGGGCGCGUCCUGACCGCCCAGGCAGGCGUGAGGAGCAUCGCCGACUCUUGGCCGCUGUGCGCGGAGUUCUGUCCGUUCGUCCUUCCACAUGACCUUUUCACACCAAGAUGCAUUUCCAGAAUCGUGAGCCCCUCACUCAUGCCUUUUGUAUUAGAGAGCGGAAAGCUGUGAUUUCUCAGCAAGGUAGAGGCGAUAUCUGGGUGGCGGUGCUGGCCUCAGCCCCCCCAAGCACAAAGGCUAGAUUUCACUUCGACUCCAAGGCCCCUGGCCCAACAUGCCAUGCUGGGUAGGCGCUGGCUCCCUGAAAUGGUUUACGUUUCUCUCCCGGAAUCUGAUUCAUGAUCGAGUGGCCGCGUUGGGUCUGGUUUACUUUCUGAUCCCAACCCUUCAGAUAACAUUUUAGAAAAAGUCUUAGUAUUGACAUCUUGUCAUUUCUCCAACAUUGCCCGUUAGACUAGAGUGGCAGCUAAGGGGAAUGCAUUAAAGCAGCCUUUAGCUCCUAGUCCCCUCCCGCCCACCCUCCCCCACCUGCCCGAGUUUGGCGUUUUCACAGGUCUGAACAGGGGUGUGUGUGUGAGUGCGUGAAGAACAGGUAUGUCGACACUGGACGCUGCUAGAGUAGUACAUAAAUCGGUAAUGCAAUAUUGUGGGUCCCAACUACUCUUUGCACUACUUUAUUUACAGUAGUAAAUAAAAUUAUUUUUAUACACUUGA